AUGAGUUGUGUGCCUAGCCCCGCGGCCUCAAUCAAGCCAGGUCGAAACAAACCAAAAGCACAAAGUCCAGACCGUGUGAACCUCUGCCACUCUGCCACCCUCUUCUCUGUUUUGGAACCUCUGCCGUGGACUCCUCGUGACGUUCCCCCCUCCUGUCUCUUCCCUUUCCUCUCCCCGCCGGCGGGGGUCCUCGUGGCCGUCAUGUCUUCCCAUCGCGUUACUGAUCCCGGUUGGACGGUCUUAGUCAAGCAAUUCAUUCGGAAUGUGCGUUCAGCAAAGACCAUCGCCGACGAGCGAGCCGUCAUCCAGAAAGAGAGCGCCGCCAUUCGUGCGUCGUUUCGAGAAGAGAGUCACGACUCCGGUGUCCGGAGGAACAAUGUCGCUAAAUUGCUGUACCUGUUCACUCUCGGAGAGCGCACCCACUUCGGCCAAAUCGAAUGUCUGAAACUCCUCGCCUCACACCGGUUCGCCGACAAGCGGCUGGGAUAUCUGGGGACCAUGCUGCUGCUGGAUGAGAACCAGGAGGUCUUGACACUAGUGACCAAUUCUCUCGGAAAUGAUCUCAACCACUCUAACCAGUAUAUCGUCGGCCUGGCACUCUGUGCCCUCGGCAACAUUGCUUCGAUCGAGAUGUCCCGCGAUCUGUUCCCCCAAGUCGAGACCCUCAUGUCAACAGCCAACCCUUACAUUCGUCGGAAAGCCGCCAUUUGUGCUAUGCGGAUAUGUCGCAAGGUCCCGGAUCUGUACGAGCAUUUCCUGGAGAAGGCCAAGACAUUGCUGGGUGACCGAAACCAUGGCGUCUUGCUUUGCGGGUUGACCUUCGCGAUCGACCUGUGCGAGGCUGAAGAAGAGGAAGAAGGUCCGGAAGGCGUGAUUGAGAUGUUCCGUCCACUCGCUGGAAACCUGGUCCGCGCCUUAAAGGGACUCACAACGUCCGGGUAUGCACCCGAGCACGAUGUUUCCGGAAUCACAGAUCCUUUCCUGCAAGUGAAGAUUCUGGGGUUUUUGCGCGUCUUGGGCCGAGGCGAUGUGGCGACCAGCGAGUUGAUCAACGACAUUCUGGCCCAGGUGGCCACCAACACCGACUCGUCAAAGAACGUGGGAAAUGCUAUUCUCUACGAGGCGGUGCUUACAAUUUUGGACAUCGAGGCCGAUUCGGGACUGCGGGUGCUUGGUGUCAACAUCCUCGGAAAGUUCUUGUCUAACAAGGAUAACAACAUCCGCUAUGUGGCAUUGAACACCCUGAACAAGGUUGUGGCUAUCGAACCUAAUGCGGUGCAAAGACAUCGCAACACAAUCCUAGAGUGUCUUCGGGAUCCCGAUAUCAGUAUCCGCCGGCGCGCGCUCGAUCUCAGCUUCCUGCUGAUCAACGAGGGUAACGUGCGGGUGCUGGUGCGGGAGCUCCUGGCUUUCCUGGAGGUGGCCGACAACGAAUUCAAACCGGUGAUGACUACACAGAUUGGAAUUGCUGCCGACCGGUACGCGCCAAACAAGCGUUGGCACCUGGACACAAUCCUGCGGGUUCUCAAGCUGGCUGGGAACUACGUGAAGGAACAGAUUCUGUCGUCGUUCGUCCGUCUCAUUGCGACCACCCCUGAACUGCAAACCUACGCCGUUCAGAAACUUUACUCGUCGCUGAAGGAGGAUAUCUCGCAAGACGGUCUUACUCUGGCGGCUGCAUGGACGAUCGGCGAAUAUGCCGACAGUCUGCUGCAGGGCGGCCAGUACGAGGAGGAGGAACUAGUGAAAGAAGUUAGGGAGAGCGAUAUUGUCGACCUCUUCCACAACAUCCUCAACAGCACCUAUGCAACCCAGAUUGUCAUCGAGUACAUCACUACCGCAUCCAUGAAACUCACCGUGCGCAUGUCAGACUCCUCUCAGAUUGAACGCCUGCGCCGUUUCCUGUCUAGCCGGACCUCCGACUUGAGCGUUGAGAUCCAGCAGCGUGCCGUUGAAUACUCCAAUCUGUUCGGAUAUGACCAAAUCCGCCGCGGCGUGCUUGAGCGGAUGCCUCCGCCUGAGAUUCGCGAGGAACAACGGGUUCUGGGCGCACCCACCAAGAAACGCCAGAGCAAAAUCCUCCGUGAUAAGUCGAAGAAGGUCUCCCGGCCCGCUGAGCACGAUCUGCUCCUCGACCUGGUUGGUGGCACCGAAGCUCCCGUCACCAGCCCGACCGCGAACGGAUCUAAUACCGCAGAUUUGUUAGCCGAUAUUCUCGGCGGCGACUCCGGCAUGUCCUCGCCGCCUCCGACUGGCCAGCAAAAGACCAGCACUAGUGCCAUCAUGGACAUGUUCGGCAAUGGUGGCGGUGGCAUGGGCGCAUCUGCACCUUCUCCGGAUGUAACUGUUAGCGCCUCCACGCCUGCAGCCACUGCCUUCAACAAGGAAGGCCUCGUUCUCACCUUGCAGGUGCAACGAAGUGCUGGCGGCAAUGCCCAGAUCCUAGCCCGCUUCCGCAACGACUCCAACUUCAACAGCUUCUCCAGCGUCGGUCUGCAGGCUGCCGUGCCAAAGAGCCAGAAACUGCAGCUGAGCGGUAUCAGCAAGGCUGAGCUUGAAGCUGGCGAUGAGGGCACGCAGUCUUUGCGAGUUAGCGCUCUGAACGGGUCCCUCCCACCCAAGCUCCGUCUCCGUCUCCGCGUCACAUAUGCUCAGGACGGUGGCAAUCCCGUCACCGACCAGGUGGAUUGGACGGAGCCUUGA